UUACACUUUCUUACACCAUUAACCCCAUUAACCCCAUCGCUACCCACUCUUUCCUACCUUCUUAUACUUAACUUCCCUAUAUAAAUACACUUCCAUUUUCAUUCUCCGUCCUCAAUCCUCAUUUCUCCCACCUAAAACCAACAAACAACAAUGUCUUCCUUCUUCCCUUCUUUCCUCAUUUCCUUCCUCCUCAUCUCCAUCUCCAUUUCCGUCUUCGCUGAUACUGGGAAAAUUGGUAUAAACUAUGGGAGAAUAGCUGAUGAUCUUCCAACACCCGAUGAAGUAGCGAGUCUUCUCAAAACACAAGGUAUAACCCGGGUGAAACUUUACGACACCGAUACCGACGUUCUCAAAGCAUUUUCCGACGCUAAUAUCUCCGUUACCGUCGCUUUACCAAACGAAAAUUUAACGGCAGCAGCUUCAAGCCAAUCAUUUACGGAUUCAUGGGUCCAGACCCGGAUCCUUCCUUUCUACCCGAAUACCAACAUUAAUGCUAUUGCUGUUGGUAAUGAAGUAAAUGUGAACCCGAAUAUAACCUCUUAUGUUGUACCCGCUAUGAAAAAUGUUUAUGCAAGUCUCCAGAAAUAUUCUGUUUCUGACGCUAUUAAAAUAUCGACGCCGAUUUCAUUUUCGGCGCUUGAAAAUUCGUACCCGUCUUCUUCCGGGUCGUUUAAGGGGGAACUUUUGGAACCGUUUAUUCAACCCAUGUUGGAAUUUUUGAAGAAAACGGAUUCUUAUAUGAUGGUGAAUGCUUACCCGUUUUUUGCUUAUUCGGGUAAUUCGGAUCAGAUUUCGUUGGAUUAUGCUUUGUUUAAACCUAAUUCUGGUGUUGUGGAUUCGGGUAAUGGGCUUAAGUAUGAUAACCUUUUUGAAGCCCAAUUAGAUGCUGUUUAUGCUGCUAUGGAUCUUCUUAAAUUCAAUGAUCUUAAAAUUGUUGUCACUGAAACAGGUUGGCCAUCUAAAGGAGAUGAAAAUGAAAUUGGAGCAAGUAGUCCAAAUGCAGCGGCCUAUAAUGGUAACCUAGUUAAACGAGUCUUGACCGGUAAUGGGACUCCAUUAAGGCCCAAUUUCCCAUUGGAUGUUUAUUUAUUUGCUCUAUUUAAUGAAAACCAAAAGCCCGGCCCAACAAGUGAGAGAAAUUAUGGGCUUUUUUACCCAAACCAACAGAAAGUUUAUAAUAUCCCUCUCACCGCGGCUGAGGCAGCAGCCGCGGUGGCUCCAGCUGCAAACUUGGGUAGUAAGGUGGUGGUUCCGAAAGCGGGCCAGAGUUGGUGUGUGGCUAAUGAGAAUAUUUCUAAGGAAAAAUUACAGGCUGGGCUUGAUUGGGCUUGUGGUGAAGGACAAGCUGAUUGCCGUCCGAUUCAGCCCGGUGCCACGUGUUACAAUCCUGAAUCUCUUGUGGCACAUGCUUCGUAUGCUUUCAAUAGUUAUUAUCAAAAGAUGGCACGUGCCGUUGGUACGUGUGAUUUUGGUGGAGCUGCUUAUGUUGUCACCCAAUCUCCUAAAUUUGGAAGUUGCAAGUUUCCCACAAGCAAUUGAUGAUAUGAAGAGGAGACAUGGAAGAAAUUAUAUAUUUAUUAUUGAUUAGAAUUAGGAUUAUAGUGUAAUUAGUAUUAUUAAUAUUUUAUAGCUAAAAUAUUAUGAAUUGAAUUUUUAGUGAAUAUAGAGAUGAGAGUUAAUUCUUUUACAUUUCUGUACCUAAUUAUUUUUUAGUAGUAUUGGUAUUUUUAUAACGAGGAGCAUUUUUAUUUUUCUUGGUAUAUGGAAUUUUAUACAUUAAAGUUUUUUCCUCUUA